UUGCAUUCCAGCUUGCAACACCAACCAGUUCUUGUCGCACUGCCGUCACUCCGAGUGAGAAAGGCGAAAGAAUCAAAAGACAGGGCAGUACUAUUCACUCAUGUUAUUUGUAUGUAACUAUUAUCUUGCGUCAUGUCUAGGCAAGCCGACGGGUCCGGCGGUGACGGCAGUGGUAGGAGCUUUUCUGCGGCGCGGGGACUGCAACGUGGCUCUGUUGGACUGGCAGGGGCUGGCCGCCGCUGAGGCGCCCAGCCUUGCAGACUCCUACCUUAAUUGGGCCGCUCCCAACGCAAGAAAGUUGGGCGUUCGUCUGGCUGGAGCUCUGACGCGCCUGUCUGCGGCGGGGCUGGACCUGGAGCGCACGCAACUGGUGGGGCACUCGCUGGGCGCGCACGUGCUGGGUCUCGCCGGCAACGCGCUGCGGCUGCAGGGAGUUCUGUUGCCCUGGAUAACGGCACUGGACCCAGCGAGCGCGGCGUUCGAGGGCAAGCCGGCGGCGGGGCGCCUGCACGCAGGCUCAGCGGCGGUGUACGGCUUGGCGACCGUACUAGUGGUGGUCGCGGUGCACUCCGACCCCGGCGGCUACGGCGCCCGGCGCGCGAUGGGGACGGCGGACUUCUGGCCCAACUACCGCGUCGAGGCCGUGCAGCCCGGCUGCCCCAAGAGUAGGGGGCAGAGGUUCUCACCUGAAGGCAAAACAUUUUCUUCAGAUUUGUGUAGCCACAACCGCAGCUGGCAGCUGCUGGCGGAGGCGCUGGCGCGGCCCGGCGCGCUGCUCGGCUGCCGAGCGCGCUCCUUCCGCGAGUGGAAGAAUUACUCCACAGCCCAGAGGAACGUUUCUACUCUGGACUUGGACGCCUACGGGAAGACAGUGUAUGUUCCGGGCAACUACUACUUCUCGACGAGCAGUGAGCCGCCAUACGGUCUCGGCGAGAACGGCCUCUAAUUAAAGAUAAAGAUAAUUUAUUAUUCAAGUAGGCAUAUUACAAUGCGCUUAUGAAAGUCAAAUAAAGCUACACCGGCUCUAAUCCUACACCUCUGACCCGAGCAGAUUUAAAUCCCCCCUCAAUUGGAGGAGGGUAUCCCAAUAUGGACCGGCAAGAAACUCGGCGGGACACAUCUUUUCAAAACAUUACAUCUUAUAAUUAACAUGCCUUAAAUAAGAAAAUAUACUAUUUAGAU